UUAAAUAGAAACCAGACUUUAAUCAACCCUUACAUUUCAGCGAAAUACUAAAUGUAAAAAAUUGACGCGCUUGACAUGCAAUUUUUUUCUUCAAUAUGAAAAAUUGAAAAUUUUGUAUAUUAUAUCGUUGUAUGUUCGUGCUCAAUAAAUUAAUCAACAAUGAACAAGAUGCCAAGAUACCCUUCAGAUUGUAAAGUCUAUGUAGGAAACUUAGGAAAUGGUGCAACAAGACGAGAAUUGGAAGAUGCUUUCUCUUAUUAUGGAUCUUUAAGGAAUGUGUGGGUAGCUAGAAACCCACCUGGAUUUGCUUUUGUGGAAUUUGAAGAUGCUAGAGAUGCAGAAGAUGCAAUAAGAGGACUUGAUGGGAGAACUAUAUGUGGAAGACGAGCUCGUGUGGAAGCAUCUAAUGGGAGAAGAUUAAGAGAUAGAAGUUAUUUCAGAAGAGGUGUAGGCAAACUAUUUCAUCCUGAAGAUAGGUGUUACGAAUGUGGUGAAAGAGGUCACUAUGCUAGAAAUUGUCAACGACAUAGAAAUACUCGUAAGAAAAGCAGACCCCGCUGAACAGGCAUACGUAAGAGAAACGUGUUGCUACUGAGAUUCUCAUCAGAUUCGCCUUGGGUUCACUUUGUGAUACUACGUAGUUACAGCAUAGAAUAUCCACAUUUCUCUGGUUUCUUUCUGCAUACUACAAGCAAAAGAGGAAAACACGGCCGAUGGAGUGGCUAGUUCUGCAUACUGCGAUACUUCUAACGACCACUGAGAUCACCUUAGACUGAAAGUUUUUGCGCAUCAGCACUACUGGUAUCUCUGAUAUUCUUCCUUCGUCUUAUUAUCUUUGCCAAAUUAUUAUAAUAGAUCUAAUGGUCACUAAAAGAUAAACUGUGAGUCAUCUCAUCUAGCCACUCUUCGUCCAUAUACCUGACAUAUCUAUAUGAUUUCAUCUCUAUAAGUACUCAUCUGUUCUCUUCUUUCUGGUAUUGCUAUUACGUACUCUACAACUUUCUACUACAAACAGCUAUUAAAGACGGUACAUAACUAAAAUAAUAAUGGAACAAAAUAGAUAUAAUUGGUUUUAAAAUUAAUAUAGCAUUUUAUUUGUAAUAUUUAGCAAUUUAAAUUAAUUUUAUUAAUAUAAUAUAUAUAUACUUAUAUAUUGACAUUUAAGCAAAAGAAAAGACAGAAAAUAUUAUAAAAUAUGAAGAUCCAUUUUACAAACUAUAGUAGUAUAUUAAUAUUUCUGUAAUUUUUACUUUUAUCAGAGUAUGAAGUAAACUAUGAUAGUUUUCCUGGGUACUUGUCGCAAUUUUUGCAAGCCCAAUUAUUCCAUAAAUCUCUUGAAAUUUUGUAUAAGAUAUACUACGCUACAUUCAUAGAAAAAGUAGAAAAUUUGAUACUAUUGACAUAAAUAAAUACAUGUACUUGAUAGAGAAAAGCAAUAAAAUCCGAAAUUGUAGGCAGUUUCAAUAUAAUCGUGAUUUUAAUAUAAUAUAUA